CACACACUCGCUCUAGCGUAGCUGGCCCCUCGUUUCUUCCUCGCCGAAUCCCCCGCCCACUCCCCAUCCCUCGGCAAGAAAGUCCACUCCUCUUCCACUCCAUCUAAUCCAUCUCCAUCCCCAUCUCACAUUCCAUCAGCGUACACCUGGCCAUUCUUUCACACUCCUCCACUGCUCUUCGACUACUGUGCUUCAGAGAACUUCCCGAUCGCGUGUCUUAUCUUUGAAAAAAAAAAAAAAAAAAACGGCCAGGCACUUCUCCACCUGCCCUUGUUCGUUCCUCGCCACGGAAACGGCUCCUAGGCAACCAUGGCCAGCCAAGGUUACUCUUACCUCUCAGGCACACAGAGUCAGCAACACACCCCACCUCCUCGUCCAUCCUCGUCUUCCUCCUAUGAGAGUCAGGGAACCCACCUGAUCAUUGGUAAAUGCAUGUACUGCAAGAGCCAGCUAUGCUAUCCGCAAGCAGUCAAGGUCUUUCAAUGCGUAACCUGCGACACCAUCAACGACCUCAUUCCCGCGCCUGGUGUUGUUCCUCAGGAGCCUUUGACAUUGCAGCAUAUCGAGGAUGAGAUUGAGCGUGCAAAAGCUAUACACCGUGAAAGAGGCGGAGAUCUGGACUACAGCGAUCUGGAGGCGCUCUUGCGGGAGAAAUUGAAAAAGUUUGCCGCCUUUAACGCCAGUUUCAGUAGUGGACGCCCUAUCACCUACGAGCACUGCGGAGUGAAUCUGGAUGAGGCAAGGAAGGCAUUUUCAAAGUUGGUGGCAAUGCCCAACUCGAUUGCACUGGCUGUCAUGACAUCUGUGGAGGCGAUAUUGAAGCGUCCUGGAAAGGAGCUCAAGGAAAAGGAGGACCUCAAGUUCAUUAUGCUGAUGUUUGAGUGUCCAUGGCUCUCUCGACAUAGGACGCCGCAGGAAUCAGAUUACCACCACAACAUCACAAAGCGUCUCUUCACGAUCGUGAGCAACCUACCCAGCGAGCUCCACAAGUACCUCUCGAGCUGGUUUGCAAACAGCAUGAGCACCCAGAUAUUCCACCACCGCAUCAAUUUUGUCAACAAAUUUAUCACACAAAGGCUGUCCAACCAGCAAAAGUCCACGGAUCGUAACCAGCACAUCAUUUACCAGAGUGACGCAAGGAUCCAAGCAGCAGCCAGGGUCAUGCACCUCUUUUUCAAAGCGAAUCAGCCCAAUGAAAAAGAGUUUCUUGAUGCCAACGGCAAGAACCGGUCUGUUAAGGACCUUGUGAUCAUUCCCAGCGCGAAGGACUCUGCGUCAAAAUCGCAAAAAAUCCCAAUCGACGAGUAUUACAAUAUGAUCGUGGACCUGAUUGAUCUGCCCGCUGAUUUUUGCGCAUGGGAAUCGAGAUCUAGCAUGUUUACCUUUUGCCAAUAUCCGUUCUUGAUCUCGAUGGGCGCAAAGAUGCAAAUCAUGGCAUGGGAUGCAAAGCGGCGGAUGGAAAUUAAGAUGCAAAAGACGAUUGAGGCGCUUCUUGUGCAAAGGCGGCUGCGUGCAGCUGAGAAUGGAGGGGAGAUCGCCAUGUUGACACAGGCAGAACUGCAGCAAGCGCCCUUGCUGAUCCUUAAAGUUCAUCGCAAUAACCUGAUUGAAGAAUCUUUGACACAGUUAUCGCGGAACGAGAUGGACCUAGAUAAAUCAUUACGCAUUGAAUUCGUUGGCGAGGAUGGUGUCGACGCAGGAGGACUGCGGAAAGAAUGGUUCCUACUUCUUGUUCGUCAACUGUUUGAUCCUCAGUAUGGCAUGUUCGUAUACGAUGAUCAAUCCUCGCACUGCUGGUUCAACCCUGCGUCAUUCGAGUCGCUUGAUCAAUUUUACUUGGUCGGGGUUGUUAUCGGGCUGGCCAUCUAUAACUCGACCAUUCUAGAUCUGCCACUUCCUCUGGCAGGGUACAAAAAGCUGCUGAACGUUCCUGUUGUUCUCGAGGACCUGGCGACUUUCCGUCCUGACCUGGCAAAAGGAUUCAAUCAGUUGCUGGAAUACGAUGGAGACGAUGUUGAGGAUGUUUUCUGCCUGACCUUUGUGGGAGCUUAUGAGGCGUACGGCGAAAGCAUAGAGGUCCCACUGAUACCCAAUGGCGAGAAUAUUUCAGUCACUAGUCAGAAUAAGCGGGACUACGUCGAGCGUUAUGCCAACUUCGUGAUGAACAGCAGCAUUUCAGAUCAAUUCGAGUCCUUCCGUCGCGGGUUUUACUUGGUGUGUAGCGGACACGCAUUGUCGUUAUUCCGGCCCGAAGAGAUCGAGUUCCUGGUCCGGGGAAGUGCAGAGCCGCUGGACAUUGACCAGCUGAGAUCCGUUACGGUGUACGAGGGAUUCAACGAUGACCACGAGGUGAUCAGGAACUUUUGGUCAAUUUUCAAGGAGUUUGAGGACAAGCACCAGAGGCGACUGUUGCAGUUCAUCACUGCGUCGGACCGCUAUCCGGCAACGGGCAUUGCGAACCUGUCGUUCAAGAUCACCUGCAUGGGUAGCCAUGACUCGAAUCGCUAUCCCACGACACACACUUGUUUCAACCAGUUGUGUCUGUACAACUACAAAGGAAAGGAGAAACUCAGACAAAUGCUGAUCCGGGCGAUGAAUGAAUCGGAAGGGUUUGGCGUCAAAUAGCGCCAUAGUUAUGCAUGAGUCCAGGCAGAGAAGAAAUGACAGGCGCAUGAUGUAGCGCAGAGGUUUUGUCGUUUCUUUUCUCGUUCUCUAUUUAUGUCCCUUUUCGUCUUUUCCCCCUUCCUUGUUUUUGUUUCCUGCAGUGAAGCAACUGUCGCGUUCUGUUCUUGUGUUUCUUUUAAGCACAGUGCGCGUGAUGUAUUACACAUGUAGAAAGAUGCAAUGGGUUUUGAAAACGUGAAAAAUAAAAAACAUCAAAAGAGGUUCCUGCUGAUGUUCUGCUUCUAAUGGCGCAUGUGCAUGGUGCAUUCGAAAGAAAAAAAAGAAACACGGUGCAGAAAGAAAAGAAGGGAGGCGCAAAGGUGCAGGUUGCCAGGUGCCGACAAGGUUUCAGAUUCGAUUGAGUCUUCGUGCAUGUUGAACAUCGAGAGCGGGGCUAUAAC